CAACCUUAAUUUCUGAGCCACAGAUUUCAGAGUUAGUCUUCAUUUCAUCUGCGCGCGAAGCGGAACGCACGUAUUUUAGAGCAUCACACGACCGAUCACCAUGGCACCAUCUCGCAGGCUAUCAUCGGUGAUUGGUGUUUCGUUCUGUGUGAUACUGAUUAUGUGCUUUCGUUCAUCCAGCGGACAGUACGUCCAAUCACCUUGUCCGGAUGUGUUCACCUAUCAGCUGGAUCCACAGACGCGGCAGAUUUUUGGCUACAUCGAGAUCCCAGACUUGCGCGUGGGCCAGUCUGUGAAGGUGAUUGUAGAGCUGUCGAUACCCGCUCAACUGACAACGAACAACUAUGGCUCUAUUGCAUUGAUCAAUUCCCGAAAACAAACCGGGAAAGACAUUCUGAAUGGACUUCCGGCGCAGUAUAAGGUCAUUUUUCCCUUAAGAAAUACCAUCCCAUCGGUCAAGUCGAUAACGCUCAAUGGAAAGAUAAUUUGCAGUGGGCCCCGAGCGAAUGGGCAAAUAGUGACCACUGUUCGACUUCAGCAUACGUUGGAAACUCAGUUCAAGUCAACCAGCAUUGUAAGCCAGAGGGUUAUGAAUCAGCAAAAGCAAGCACCACAGAUCAUUGCAUUGCCAAAGCUGUUCGAUGUAGCUUUGAAAAUUCCCCAGCUGCCUCAACCGGUGAUUAGCAAUAAGAAUGUUUGCGGAAAACCAGUUGUUGGCUUAACUCGUUUUGCAAUCAAUGGCAAGCGUACGGAAAAAGGCCAAUUUCCCUGGAUUGCUCCCAUCUUUUACAAGCCGAACUUGACUGGAGAAAAACCAAUUUACGUAUGUGGGAGUAGCUUGGUUACUAUGCGUCAUCUGGUGACGGCCGGUCAUUGUGUGUUUUUGGAAUUUGAUCUCAUUCGUCCGGAGAAACUUCUGGCUGCAGUUGGAAUGCAUAAUAUUGAUAACUUUUUCGAGGAUUCGGCUGAAUUCUCCGGUAUCCAAAAAAUUUUCCCCCAUCCUAACUAUGUAGAUGAUGAUCCCACGAAUGAAUUGGAUAUAGCGGUGUUACAGUUGUUCAGGACAAUGCCACUUACUCCCCACAUAAUACCCAUCUGUUUGUGGAAAGGCGAUGAUAAUUUGGACAAGGUCGUUGAUAUGAGCGGAGUGGUUGCCGGUUGGGGUGUCACAGAGCUAGGGUCAACCUCAACGCCGAAUCACUUUGUUGCUAGAAUUGUUUCAAAAAGACAGUGCAGUGCAAAUUUGGCUAGGGUCUUCUCGAGCGCAUCGAAGAAUUUCUGCGCGGACGGCAAUGGUGCCAGUCCAUGUAAUGGUGAUUCAGGAAGUGGAUUUGCGAUGCUGCGUGGAAAUCAGUACUUCUUGCGGGGCAUCGUAUCACGAGGGCAGGUGAACCAUAUUACACUGAAGUGUGACAUCAGCAAGUAUGGAAUCUACAUGGAUAUAGCGCCGGUCAGGUAUUGGCUGAGGACAAUUAUUGGAUGAUGAAUU